AUGAGUGGUGAGAAAAGAGAAGAAUAUUCGACAUCUGAGAAAGAGGAGAAGGAAGAAGAAGAUAUUGAAGAGAAAGAUCAUGAGAUGCUCAAGAGCAGAAUCUCUAACCAUCCUCUUUAUGACCUUCUCGUUCAGCAACACCUCAACUGUUUGAAGGUGGGUGAGGUUUCCAACUUUGAAAAAGUGAAGAAGAAGAAAGAGAGGAAUAAGAAAGCAUCAAUGAAGCAAAACUUGGGCAUGCUUAGUCAUUCAGAGCUCGAUCACUUCAUGGAAGCAUAUUGUGUGGCGCUAGGGAAGCUGAAAGAAGCAAUGGAGGAGCCUCAAACAGAGUCACUGGCUUUCAUCAACAACAUGCAUUCUCAACUCAGAGACCUUGCUGGAUUAACCCUCUCUCCUUCUUCCUCUUCCUCUAACCUCCAAACACAUCCUUGAUUUAUAGCAUCUAAAUCCCCUGAACGUGUAUGUAGCUACCUAUAUAUCUUUCUGCAACCAUAUAUGUGAGUCUCACACUAGAGCCUCUCUAUAUAUCUCUCCAGUUGAACAAGUAUUUAGGCCAUGUUUGGGGGUCCCUUUUAGCCUUAGGGGUCCCAAA